AUGUUGAGUUCUUGCGCACCGACGACGGCCUUCCCGCCUCCCGAGGCGGGGGCCGCGCCACCGGAGCCGUUCCGGUCUCUGCAGAUCGCCACGACGAGCGCCGCCGGCGCCAAGAAGAAGCGGCGUCCCGCCGGCACUCCUGACCCCGACGCGGAGGUGGUGUCGCUGUCGCCGCGGACGCUGCUGGAGUCGGACCGGUACGUGUGCGAGAUCUGCGGGCAGGGGUUCCAGCGCGACCAGAACCUGCAGAUGCACCGGCGGCGGCACAAGGUGCCGUGGAAGCUGCUGAAGCGGGAGGCCGGGGAGGCGGCGCGGAAGCGCGUGUUCGUGUGCCCGGAGCCGAGCUGCCUGCACCACGACCCGUCGCACGCGCUGGGCGACCUCGUCGGCAUCAAGAAGCACUUCCGGCGGAAGCACAGCGGCCACCGGCAGUGGGCCUGCGCCCGCUGCUCCAAGGCCUACGCCGUGCACUCCGACUACAAGGCCCACCUCAAGACCUGCGGCACCCGCGGCCAUACCUGCGACUGCGGCCGCGUCUUCUCCCGGGUGGAGAGCUUUAUCGAGCACCAGGACACGUGCAACGCCGGCCGGCCGCGGGCCGAGACGUCGUCGUCCCCGGCUAGUGGUGUCGGCGGCGGCGGCGGUGCCGGGUUCGGCGUGGCGGCAGCAGCUGCCUCCACGUCGCAGCAGCAGCGUCAGCUGCACGCCGCCGCCGCCGCCGCCGCGGCGGCGGCGGCGGCGUUGUCACGGACGGCGUCCAGCGCGAGCCCAUCAAGCGGUGGAGAGUUCGGGGUGAGCCAGCACCAGCAGGUCGCCUGCUGGCCGGCUGGCCCGGCAAUGGCGAGCCCCACGGCCGCCGCGACGUUCCACAGGUUCGACGCGGCGCUGUCGCCUCCGACGCCGCAGUACGAGCGCCCUGGUGCUGGUGGUGGCGUCCACAACCUGGAGCUGCAGCUCAUGCCGCCGCGCGGCAGCGGCAGCUACUACGAGGGGGGAGGAGGCACGGCUCCCGCAGCCGCCGCCGUCAGGUGGCCGCAUUCGCCUGCGGUACAUGUUCCCCAGCUGGGCCUGGGCGCCAACCCGAUGCAGCUCCAGCUGUCGAUCGGGUUCGGCGGCGCGCGCGACAACGACCACGACGACGGCAGCGAGACGUCGGCGCCGGCAGCAGCGGCGGCGGCGGCGAGGCUGAAGGAGGAGGCCCGGGAGCAGCUGCGGCUGGCGAUGGCGGAGAAGGCGGCGGCCGACGAUGCCCGGGCGCAGGCGCGGCGGCAGGCGGAGCUGGCCGAGCAGGAGCUGGCGACCGCCCGCCGCAUGCGGCAGCAGGCGCAGGCGGAGCUGGGCCGCGCGCACGCACUCCGGGACCACGCCGUGCGGCAGGUGGACGCCACGCUGCUGCAGGUCACCUGCUACAGCUGCCGCUGCAAGUUCCGGGCGCGGGCGACGGCCGGCACCGGCGGCCCCAUGAGCUCCGAGGUGGCCAGCUACGUCUCCUCCGUCGUCACCGAGGGCGGCGACGCCGAGGUGGACGACGACCCGUACCGCCGCCACCACCACCACCGGCAGCUCAACGCCGACGACGCGCCGAGCCAUGCUAGGAUGAUGGACAUCAACUAG